AUGGAAAUCUCCGAAAGAACCGCCUCUACCGUUACGGGCAGUAGCCAAAAGUUCGUUUUCAGCGCGGAAGAGAACCAACAUUCCUUUAAAACCUCCGAUAAAAAUAUCACAGUUGUGUGCACCGAGGGCAAACAUGAUCGUGGUAGCUCAAAGAUCAAGCUGGUUAACGUAAUCAACUUCAAAUGGGAACAAAAAAAUUAUCCAGGCCGUUUAAUAGCGUGUCAUAAGGAUUGCGAUCUUAUAGCGUACUCGAUUAGAGUAACGAAGCAGUCCAGGAGCGAAGGUAUGGUGCGUGUCGCUCAUUUGGAUCUUCCUGAGCGAGGGCUGAUCAAAGGCUUAUCGGAUGAAAUUUUGGAUCUGCAGUUUGCGCACACGGGCACCUCUGACUGCCUGCUUGGUAUUAUCGAACGAACGGCACUUCACGUGCACCAGGUACUGGUCACGGCGGAAAAGGUUACAACCACUCUGAAGGUUAAAAUCGUAGAUCCGCUUGAAUGGCACGUACCAGUGUGCGAUCGGAUUACCUGGUGUCCGUACCUGGGUAACGGUGGAGAUGAAAUCGACGAUUUCGCCAAACAACUUUUGGUGUGGACCCGAGGUUCAACCUUCCAGUGCUACAGUAUUAGUGCGCUAACGAAAUCUUACCUCAACACCACCGAUCUUAAGGCAUCCGACAUUGAGGUGGGUGGGUUUAAGGCCAGCGAUGGCGAUGCCAUCAUUACAGGAAGCCUGUUCUCCGAUGACGGAACCACGCUGGCGUUAAGCUCUGCCGACGGACUGAUCCGCUUCUACCAGGUGUAUCAGCACGCAAAUGAUCGCUCACCUCGCCGGCUGCAUCUGUGGAAACCGCACGACGGCAAGGCUGUGACCAGUUUUUUCUUCCUCGAUAACUAUACCGAAACGGUAAAUAACAAGACGAUUUGGAAGCACGCUAUUACGUGUGCGGAUUACAACACCGAGAUAAAAGUUUGGUGUUGUGCGUCUUGGACGUGUUUGCAAAAAAUCCGUUUAACGUCACCUGUAGAUCAAGCGUUACAUUUCAAAGCAGAAAUUGACAUUUCCUCCACUUAUCUCGUGCUUUCGGAGAGGAGUACUCGGCAGAUUUAUGUGAUGCAGAUACGCAAGGGAAAAAGCUUGACCUCUCCAGACACAGAAACGGCUCAGGAAUCGAAGGUAUCGUCUUCAAGCUUGGCAAAGGAGAGGUCUCGCUCGAGCAUUCAACCUUACAUCGUAUCCAUUGCCGAGUACCCGAUGUCCAAUUCGAUUCUUGGUUUCGGCAUUCUUUACGCGACUGUACGAAACUGCAAAUUUGGUGAUUAUUACAUGAUGCGCGAACAGGACGAAGACGACGAGGAUCAGAUGCUGCCGAGCUGCGUUCUGAUACGAAUGUUUCUGGUGCAGCCCAAUAAUCUACAGGACUGUACGCUAAUGUUCGAUGCGAUUCCGCCAAGCGAAGGCGAAACCGUGUCGGUGGAAGCGGAUGAACCCGACCAAGAGGUGGAUGUCCCGGAAAGCCAGCGUAAUUCUUCUACCAUAUCGUCCUCUUCGUCUUCUAACGAAACCACGGACAACAAUGUGUCGCACCCUCCGUCAGAGGAAGAUGAUCGUUCUUCGGAGGAGAUCGCAGCGAAGGUGACGCUAGUGAAGGGAGAGGUCAAUAAUGGAGUAGCAGGAAGCACUCAUAACAACGGAUCCGACGAUCCGGAAGACGAAGAAGACGACGCUAACGUUAGUAACCCAUUAGCGCUGAAGAUGGCCGAAGCAGCUCAAAAAUUGAACGAAGCAUUCGUAGCAAUUCGCACAGUGUCUUCUUCGGCAGAUGGCGCCAAUGCUGGUGGAAGCAGCGCACCAACGACACCGGGCAGUGCAACCAAAGUUAAUCUCAUGACACCCGAAUCCUUCAGUACACCCGCCAGCGGCAGUAGAUCAGCAGCCAAGGACAGUCUAAAGGAUGUGCGCAUCAUUAACCUUUCGGAACUGCCAUAUCCCGAAAUGGAAACGAUCAUGAGUCAGUACGAUCGGCAGGCUGGUAGAGGUGGCCGAGGUACGGCUUCUACCACGGCAGCAACAACGACUACGACAACCACCACGACGAGUGUGAGAAAGCACAACUCCUCCGUCACGAGUACGGCCAGUGCUAAUGGCAGUAUGUCUAGCGGUGACAGUAGCGUGAGUGACGAGCACGUAGAAGCCGAAGGAAACACUAGCAUCGCCUCCGUGGCAGGUUCUGAGCGAAUCGCCAACGUCACUGACGAUGCCGAUGACGACAGGAAGUAUGAUAUGAAGCAGGACUCGCAACUUGUAAUCGUAAAGGGAAAAAAGAAGAUCGGGAAAGUUGGAUUUGGGCUGGCCAACGGGUCCGCAAACUCGUCCGCCGAGCAUCCGAUAAACAAAAAAGGCCUUGGAGCUGGAGGAGGAGAAAAGGGGGGCGGAGGAAUUCUUAGCAUCUCAGGGACAUCGCUGAAUAUUGAGCAUUUUACUAAAAUACUUACACUUGACGAAGCAGAACCACCGACGGUUCGAGAAAAACUAAAAAGCGACGAAACUGUGAACCCGGACGUCUUAAGCACACUAUUUAUGCUAGCAAAAGCAACCAAACAACAGCAGCAACAACAACAAUUGCACCUACAACAACCGACAACAGCCGUGGCAGAUAUGGUUGCCGCUGUGGCACAAAAAACAAACCCAUCCACCGUAUUACCCACAACGAACGCGCUGGAGGCGUUUGUCAAUAUGGUAAAAAGCCAAUCGGAGCCGGUUGACGAUACGAGCGCGAAAACGAAGCUCCGGAAGUCGACCAACGGUCCGACGAACAUGCAGGAGGAGAAUGUCACAGAUGCACCGGUGGUACCUCCAAUGCCAUCCGCGGAGAUGCUUGCGAGCGGUGGAUCGAGUCCAAGUCGAGAGGUACAACAGAUCAUGUCCACCAAGGGUCCAGUCAAUAGUAUGGUGGAGGAUUUUUUCAUCUACGCGUACGGCGAUCGUAAAGAUACCUACGACGAUGAUGAUGACGACGAGGAAGUAGAAGGCGUGCUGGACAUCACCGAUCGGAACGAUGAAGAGGAAAUGACGAUUGCCAACGGCACGGAAGAUAAUCCCGAUGAGGCGGAUGGUAAGAAGCCAGCGGCAAGUGUGGCCGAAAAGAGCGUUGUAUUGUCCAAUGACGAUAAGGAACCAGCAGCGUUAGUUCCCGCACAAAACGACACCUCCAGCGAGCUUGAAGAGGUUGCGAUAGAAACAGCUAUCGCUCUGAGCGACAGUGCGGCAGAGGAGGAUGCCGGAGUGAAUCCCAGCGGGGUGAAUCCAUCAUCAGCCUUCUGGCCGUCCAAAAUACCGACGGAAGUUCCGACGGGUGCAAGCGAAGUCAAGAAUUCAAUCAAACAAUCAUCUACGGCGGUGAACGACAAAUUUGACGUACCGCCGCCGCCAGUCGUAAAUGUGCAAUCGAAGCAGAUGGAUGAACUGAACGGAAAACUGGACAGCAUGAUGAACAUGAUGUUGCUGCAAUCGCAGCAGAUAGAGCAACUGAACAGCCAGCUCGAGGCGAUGAGGAAGAACAAAAACGAAGAGCAACGACGUUACAACAUGCUGCUAAACCGCGUAAACCAAACGCUACCCAAGGCCAUUGAAACGCAUAUGGCCGAACUGUUUGUGCAGCAAACGAUCAAAAUUGAGCAGACAUUGAUAGCGUGUCUCAACAAUCAGCAGACGCGAUUAACAGAGGCUCUAACGCACACGCUACCUCAGGUCAUACUGGCUCAGCUGUCCGAACGGCUGACGGUCUUGCUGAUGCGAGAACUGCAACAGAAACUGCUACCACCCAUCAGUGAUAAGCUCGAUGUUAUGCUGCGCACCAUCACCAUGGACAUGACGGAGAAGUUACGCGUAAAUGAAGGUGCCACGCGCGAUGCCAUCCAAAGGACGAUCCGAACUGAGCCAAUCGUAAAGGCCAUCUCAGUGUCCGUGCAAACUGGCAUGCGGAUGGUGCUGGAGCAGGUUUACCAGGAAUCACUGCGUACAAUCAUACUGCCCGGUUACGAUAGAUGUUCGCAGGAAUUGUUCCGUCAAUUGAAUAUCUCCUUUUCGGAGGGCAUCAAAGAGCUAAUGCGCAAGGUUGAUCAGCACGUCUUACGGAUUGGGCGCACGCAAGCCAGAACGAACGAGAUCGUGGAAAUCAUCCGACAACUGCCCGAAAGGUUAGCCGUCGAUGGUGAGCGCUCGACGACCGCAGCCGUGCGAACGAUCCGAGAAAACAUUGAAAAGGAUAUCAAGGGUCUGCAGACGCCUCUGUUGAAGACGAUACGUGAUCACAUCCGGCAGGAGAUCGAGAAGGGCUUCGAGACACAGGCGUCAACGCUGGAAGAUUCCGUCCUGUCAGUGGUACGCUCGCAGGCGCAGACCCCCGCGCCGAGCAACAUAGAUGUGCAGGAGCAGAUCAAGCAAUACCUCAGCAGCGGUCAGACCAAUAAAGCCUUCCAUAAAGCGCUGAUCUCGAACGAUCUGAGCCUGGUGGAGUUUUUGCUGGAUCGGGCCGACUACAAGCAGGUGUUUAAUCCAUGCCCACUUGAACAAACUGUGCUGCUGUCGUUGAUACAGCAGAUUUCUGCCGACAUGAUCAACCACAAUGAACUGAAACACAAAUAUUUGUCAGACGCAAUCGUUAGUCUGGAUUUUAAAGAUCCGAUCACGAAGGAGCACUCGCCGAAAGUGAUAAUGGAGCUAAUAACCAACUGUCAGACAUUUUUGACCACCAACCCGUCGAGUCCGCUGUGCACCAACCUCAAGAUGGUGGUUAUUGCCGCGCAGUAUAUGGGCUUCCAAAGUAUCUGAUUCCGGUUCAAUUAGCACCAGCAGCAAAGCAAAGACUGACGGCACCUGAAAUCAUUCAAACCUCGUCUCGUCCCGCGAACGGAAGAGCGGUAUCCGAACAACAAAACAAAACACAUGGAAUCAAAGCAAUCAAAAGCCACAUCUACAUUUCGGAAGGACACAGCAACCAUUGCAGGGAAGUCAACGCAUUCUGCUUCUUUUUCGUGAUCUAAAGAUGCACUACCAGCUUUCGGAGCCGUAUUUGACACGAAACCGAUUUAAUGACCAUUAAUUUGACCCCUUUUUACGUCGAAUCUUCUUUUUUUACCGCCUUUUGACUAAUGCGCAACUCUUUCAGGGAGCGAAUUAUGCGAAAGGCAUGUGGAGCGCCGUACCAUGUCGCUUCCUACGAGUUAGAUGCAAUCAAACUUCCAAACACUUUUUAACAGGAACUUCGUUCUGUCCGUAUAGUUUUCAAGUUGCCGAGCUGAUGGGUAAACAUGCAGCAUGAUCAAUUUUAGUUUA